AUGGGGUGUUGCGAAAUUCCCAGAGGUCUAAAAAUAUGCCUCAUCGCAACCGCAAUUCUCAUAGCCACCCUUGCCGUGGUGGUGCUCGUCCUAUCCCUCACCAUACUCAAGCCAAAACAGCCCAAAAUCAACACCAAAUCUGUCACUUUAAACUACAUAAAAUGGAUACCAUUUCCAUUUCAUUUGAAUGUUACACUAGGAAUAGUAGUAUCAGUAGAUAAUCCAAACUACGGAAGUUUCCAAUUUGAUAAUAGUACAGCUUAUAUAAGUUAUCGAGGGACGGCUGCAGCCGAUGCUCCCAUCGAGCACGACACAAUCCCAGCUCGUGGCAGCCAUGAUAUUACUAUGACGGUGGUGGUGAUCGUGGACAGUUUGACGUCAAACCCUUCUUUUUGGGUGGAUUUCACCACCGGAUGCCUGAAUUUUACUUCAUCUGCUACCUUACAUGGCAAGGCUACGGUGUUCAAGAUCCUGAAAAAAAAGGUCACCACUUAUACCACAUGUGACUUAUCUGUGUACAUCCAGGAACAGAAUGUUGCCUCUGUCUGCAAAUCAAAUGUCAAGUAUUAG